CCCGAUCGAUGCCAGUAUUUCCGAAACAUAGUAAAAACCAAAAAUUAUGAUGUCUUUGUGCGCAAUUUCGAUUAGGAGAAGAGUAAAGUCAUAGUUUUAAACAAAGUGAACUGAUAUUUGUUUACAAUGUAAACAAUGGGAUAAAUUUAGAACAAAAUUUCGGCACUUUGAUACGAGCCAAUCAAACGCGCACCUGUUUUGAGAAUCAAAAUGGCCGAUCAUCUUUGCGUGGGAGUGAGAUACACAAACAAUUUAACUGUGUAAUCGACUGAUAAUAUUUCUGUUAAUGCUUGAAUGAUUGGUCUAAUUGAUGCAGGAAAGGAUCGGUAAUUGCAUACAGGAGUUUAAUACGCUGUUGGGAUUUCCUAAAAUUCAGCUAAAAGGAUAAACAAAAUUUUAUUUUGAUGAAUUUGUAAACAGUGCUAAAAAUUUUCAUAGACGAGGAAACAUAAAUAUUCUAGAACAAAAUUGCCAAGGGAGGUAACAAUAACAGUCAUUACAGCUUUUAAUGAAGAUGAGUUACUGUUCCUGAGCAGUAGAUAGAAGUGUUGCCAACCUGUGACCUUAUUGACAAGAUGGUAACUGAAAGGACAGUGUGUUCAAUAUACAAAAAAUUAAAGAAUAAGAUGAGUCUAGACGGUGUGGGCUUCUAACAUGCGUCGUUUAGACAAUGAACAGUUCAAUAAUGAAGGUUUAACACCAGAGCAUAUUGGUGGGCAGACUAUCAACCCACUGCAAAGCAUGAUGGGAGGUCAGGGUCAGGAAGGUCACAUGACCAGUUCUGGUAUGGAGGCCGCAUCAGCUUCGAUCUCGAUAAAUGUGUCGUUAUCGAUGUCACAGGAGAACUUAAGCUCUCAUCAGCAAUUGUCAGAGGGUGCGGAGUCGGUGAUAAGAUCGAGACAAAAUUUAGGCAAUAUGCUGUCAGUUGGAACGAAAUUUGUUCCGCAAGCGAAGAGUUUCGAAAGUGCCUUAUCAAAUGAUGGGCAACGCCAAGGGCAGUCGCAAGAAAAAUCAAAACAAUAUUUCGCAAAUACUGCGCAUAGCUUUGAAAGUACACUCCCGCGUUAUCAGAGUUUUGAUCAAAGUCUAGAUACACAGAGUGAAAGUGUUUUCUUAGAACCUAUGAUACCGGAAAAAUCGGGACUUAGUGCAAAUAAAUCAAAAUAUCAUUCUGAGUCAGGCAAUGUGUUAGAAAUACCUAUUGGUUUAGAUAGACGUAGGCACAGCUUUGGUGGUAAUGAGGAAAGAUUGGAAGCAAGUGUAUUUACGAUGAGACAUUCUAGUUCUGGAGAGGAACCGAGGCGUGUUUUGAGAAAACAAAUUGCAAUAGAUGUUGAAGAGCCAGUAAAGUUGGACUCUGGGAAAUUUUCUCCACGAGCAUCCAUUACAGCUGAAGAGGAAAAACGUGUUCUGUCGCAUUAUAACAUUGACACCUAUUCAUCAUCUCGGCAGAUAUCCCAGCAUCAACAUGUUACAGUCAUUAGAACGCCCCCUGGUGGGGUUGUUAGGGGAACUCAUUCACCAUCAGCUUGGGGUACUGAACGAGAUUGUGUCUCUCAUGAAAGCGAAAUAAAUCCAAAUUACAGUGACAUACAAAAUAAACCAAAAAUCAACAUCAUAUCAAAUGAGUCCACAAUCUCACCUAAAUUUAAACGAUCUCACUACCUAGAACCUAGGGACACUUUACGUGUACAAAGAGGAUUUUCUAGCGGGUCAGAAGAUUCUCCAGGAACGAGUAGUAGCCGAGAACCCUCGCCUUUUAGGAAAGAAACAGUUCGCGCAGUAUCUCCGUACAGCAAAGAAAGAUACAAAUUGUCGACGCCAACUCCGGUGAUAAAAACACAAGUGAAGAAGGAAGCUUCUGAAAUUGGCUACGAGUUGACCAAGCAGAGUUCGUCAGGGUCAUCUGAUGCUGGUUCUAGUUCCGGUCCUACAUUCCCAGAGUAUUGUGCUAAUAUAGUAAUUACUAGUGAAACUGGCGAAAGCAUAAAAUGUAAAACUGAAGACGUUGAGAUUCCGGAGGGAAUGCAUCGUAGACAUUUGCAUCCGGGAAAUUUUAAGAAACACUUACACGCUCGUUAUUUAAAGAGUUUACGGUCACGCUAUUCCUCAUCAUCCACGGACACUUCACAAGAGUAUUUAUCUCAAGAAAGAUCUGAUUCAUGUAAUCGUUCCUCUAGUGAAGUGUUCGAUAGUACAGAGAACGACAGUUUUAACAAGGACGCGCAUUUAAGGCCAGCUUAUAUCAUUCGCAAUGGAAGUUCCGAUAAAAGUGAUGACAGUGAUGUACAAAUGGGUUCAGUGAUCAAACCACCUCAACGUGCUCAGUUGCAGUCUCCAAGCACCGAACAGCAACCGCUAGAUCUCUCACAAAGUCUGCCAGAGACAUAUACACAAGGUUUAGGAGAAGCUACAGGCCCAAGUCCUGGGGCAAACCUCGGACAUUCCUUGUCAGUAGAUGCUCCAAGACAGCAUGCCUCUCUCGGUUUGAGCCCUCAUGGUCUGGCAGCACGAUCGCCUUUAGGUCAUCAUGCACAUAGUGAUCCGGAUUUGCUCAGCCCAUCUAUGAUACGUGCAAGUUCUCCUUCUGUGUUCCAAAGGUCGCCGCACCUUCAACCGCAAUUAGUGCAAUCCCCACAGUCACCAUUGUGUUCGGUACCAGAAGGUGAUCGUAUAUUUCAUUUCAACUUUCCUAGUCCAUUUGAAGGGGCCCAUAUACACUCGGAUCCUGAGAAUUUCGGCACACCUAGUCCUAUGUCACCGGGUCUUCAUUUUACAUUUCCUCCUCGUGCGGCAUUAAUGAGUGCAAAUUCAGAAGUCAAUCGACUAGCAGUAUCCCCAAGAGCAUUUUAUCCAAGCCAAACACUACCAAUGCAUACACCCCCUCAUCGAGGACAUUCAUUAUCAUAUGGAGAUGGUCAUUUGAAGGAAGCUCGGAGGACAUUCUCAGAUUCCGAUGCAUAUUUGUGCCCUGUAUGCGGCCAGGUGUUUCCAUCUUAUGACAAUCUUGCAAAACACAUGGCAAAACAUUUACCGACAGAAACUGUUAGAACUGGAGAUAACAAUAAGAUUCAUUACUGUAAAGUUUGUAAUAGAUCGUUUUCACGUAGUGACAUGUUGACCAGACAUAUGAGACUUCACACUGGUUUGAAGCCUUACGAGUGCACCGAUUGCGGACAAGUAUUCAGCCGUAGUGAUCAUUUGAAUACCCAUAAACGUACUCAUACUGGGGAGAAACCAUAUCGUUGCCCACAAUGCCCUUAUGCAGCAUGUCGACGAGACAUGAUCACUCGUCACAUGCGUACACACACUAAACGAUCGGCGAAACGCGGAAAAUACCUAAGUGUACCGGAAAGGGAAAGUCAUGAAGUACGUAAAAGUAGCGUUAGCAGCACUGAUACUACUUCAAGUCAAGAAAUGACACGGACGUUUUCUGCGUCGUCUGGUGAUAGUUUAGAUUUAGAUGUAGGUCUAGGUUCAUCGACAUCAAAACUACGAUCAAAGUCAUUAGCUAGCAUGGAUAGUACCGACAUGGAUUUACAGCAUACUAAAUCUCAGCUUUGGUCAACAGCGAGUACCGAAAGUGGCGUUUUUGAGGAUUCGAGUCAAGGUCAUUCAAAAGGUCUUAUGUUGACACAGUCAAGGUCUUUUGAAGUGGGUCGAGUGAAAAAUCAAACUGUAUCACAAUCACGUUCUUUUGAAAGCAGAUUUGAGGGAAAGAAAUUUCUCUCAGCUCAACAUUUCCGACAAAUGAGAAACAUUUCUUCGACAAGUUUCGAGAGUUUUGAUUCGCACGACGAUAUUCUGUCCCGGACAGAUUCCAUCGCGGAGGAUACUAUAUCGGAACUGGGAGAGGUACAACGGGAAGAUGGUACAUCACAGUUACCCAUAGAACCAGAAUCUUUAGAGAAAUGUUCACUAGCAGAAAAGACGGGUGAUAGCUGAUUAUAGCAGUCUUAGCAAUUUUGUUAAGUUUAUAGUUAAAUUUUUUCCCUAUUGUGUAGAAUGUAUUUUUGUUGUUUAUGUUUUUAAAAAAAUUGUUUGGUUAGGAAGAUAAUUAUUAAGACUUUAUGAAAAACAAACUUUUCAUCCAUUGUUUAAUAUUGAUAAAAUGCACUGCCAAAUCAAAACAAAACAGCUUGAUGUGAAGGGAAAUAGCCUGUUUUUAUUUCAACAAUUCAGUAUGGCAUUCCAAUUUUGUUUUUGUAUUCAAUGUUAGCAUGUUGGUUUCUGACUAAGGUCCUUGGCUAAAUACAUAAAAUGUUUCAUAGUUUCUCCUUGAAAAAUUACAUUGACAAUAUCAUAGUUUAGAUUAUACAUGUAUAAAAGGGUCAUAGUUUUUUUUUUUUUUUUAAGGUAAAUAUUGAAUACUACUCACAAUUUCAAUCUAGUUUUUACAGAAAAAAAAUCUAAAAUAUGUAUAUUAUAUAAUUUACUGCCAAGUAUUGCUUUUGGUCAAUCCAAAAUUUUGUUUGUAGUAUCUUUAGAUGGUUUUGUAUCAAGUUACCACAAAGGAUUUCUUCAUGAAUUGUGCAAGGGGUAUGCCAUAGCCAAACAAGGCAAAUAAACAACUUUGAUUGCCUAAAAAAUGAAAUAAAAGAAAUCAAAUAUGUACAUAAGACAAGCAGAUAUAUCACGAUCUAAAUUAUCAGUACUUGCCUACUUGGCCAUUAUGGUUAUGUUACUUUGUACCAGAUGUUAUUUUGUUGUGGUAUUUUAAUACAUGCAUUUGGCAUUUUAAAUUGUAGGGCACCUUUAAAUGACCUUAUUUGGAAUGUUAUUUUUGUAGUGGGAGAACACAUUUUGUAAUGUAUAUAGCCAUGACUUAGAUUUAAAAUAAUGCUCAGAAGCUAGCAUGUUUAUAUUUUAAAGGGACUCCACUGAGGUUUUUUUACAUGACUAGACUGGAAAUAAUAUUUCAACAUUAAUGUUUAUUUUGAUGUAGGUCCAUGUUAAUAACUUAAGUCCAAAAUUUUAGAUCAUUCUCUCACUGCAUUUUUUCCUGGGUAACAAUUCUAAUUGUGAAAAAUGGCCAAAAAUUGAAAAACGUUACGCAACACUUUUCACUCAAAUAGCGCUAUAAACAGCACAAAAAUACAAAUUUUAAAUUAUUCCUGAGUAUAUUUCUUUUUGACUUGCAUAAUCUUUCUGUUUUAAGUUACCAAGCUGAUCAAUGUUAGAAAUUCAAAGUCUACACUUUAGGCUUUUGGACCUCAGUGGAGUUCCUUUAAGUAUGAAACAAUUGAAGGGAAAAAAACAACAUAGAAACAAGUUUAGAUGUCCUAUGUAUUUUGAAGAUAAGCCAUAUUGUAAGAAUGUCAAAGUUGAUAUUUUAGUAGAUUUAAUGUGAUACUUUAGGGUCAUUACAGUACUUUUGGUAAAUGAGAGUUUUAGAUCACUGGGUUAUAAAGGUGCUGUGUGCAAAACUGUCUAUACUUGCAAUAUAAUGAAUCAAUCCUUUUAGCUGAAUUAAAAUGACCGUCUUAUAAUGGAGGAGUUUUAAUCCAUGAUUCUAUGAAAAAUUGAUUUUUUUGAAAAAAGAAAAAUUCUGAAAUUUUUUGUCAUUAAGGUCUUUAACCUUUAACUUGCUGAAAAUGAAGAAGCCUUUGCUACAAGCAUAUAACCAGGCCAGUUAGCGCAUCAAUGUAGUCUAACCAGUGUGAAUCUAAUUUUAGCUGACUCGGAUCAAAUUUUUAUUUUGAAAUGAAAAAAAAUAUGGUACAUGGACUGUUCCAAAAAUAGAAUCUGGACAAGUCCAUUUAAGAAAUUCAGAUUGUUAAGUGUGAAGAAUAUCUAAAAUACACAUGAUAAUUAGUAGUGACGAAUUUUGGUAAUUGGGAAAAAUCUAGGAAAACUUUGGGGAAAAGGAAUGAAUAGGCAGUUUAUUAUAUACAUAAAGAUAGCAAAAUCUGGCGCUUUUUUUAAAUAUAGUAAGACCAGAUAUUUUAAGAAAAUGUCCAGAUUUAGUUUUAAAAUUUAUUUAGAAAAAAAAACAAUGGAAGUGUUGUUUUUGUUUUUUGUUGGAAAGUGUAAUUAAAUAUAUUUUCAUAUUGACAUGGUAUUUUAACUUUCAAUUUUAAUUCAUGAUGAAAUGUGUCUUUCAGAGUUUAUUGUAUUUAUUUACACAGUAGAUUUUAUUUAGCUUUUGUUUGUAGUGGCCAAAUUUUACUUAAAAGCAUUUAGUGAAAAAAAAUUACUCAUGUUUUACUAAUCCCCCAUGUAUUUUUUUAUAUGGAUAAAAAUCAUUUCCAUCCCCCCAUUUUUGUUUCAUUGUUUGAGAUAUUUGAAAAAUCAUUUCUGUUCUCAUUAUUUGUGGGAAAUGAUACAAGUCAAACUUUUUAUUUUAUUUUAUUAUUAUUAUUUUAAUUAUAUUUCAUUUUUUUGUGUAUUUGUUUAAUUAUUCUUAACAAAGGGAGCUAACUUUUGUAUAUUUGCCACAGAACAGUAUAUUAACUAUUAUCUCCCUUGAAAUGGUUUAAGCAAAUCGUGACAGUUCUGGUUUUUUUCCCCAUUUUUUUUUGCAACUCUGUUUUUCUUUAGCAAAUUUCUUUGGUUUUUAUUAAAAAUCACACAGUUAAAUAGUUAAGUUGACAGUUUUUCCUUGAUAACUGUAUGAACCUAGUGACUAUUAAGCUAUCCAUAUAAAAAUUAAAAUAUCACCUUAGUGCAGUAACUGGUUACAUCCUUAUAAAAUUUUAAUGGAAGUUAAUCUUUUACUGCACUGACAUGAAUAUAUGUUUGAUGGAAAAAAAUCGUGACAAUUUGUCAAUAUCUAGAAAUAUUAACUUACAAUUCUUUGUUCAAGUAAAAGGAAAUAUCUGCCUACCUACCCACAGGUGUAUUGUUUUGGUCAAAAUAAAAUAAAAAAAACAUUUACUGGUAUUAAUGUAGUAAUGAGACAUAAAAGACGUUGCCUUGAUUAUUUCAAAUAAACAUUCUGUUAGUUUUUGUUUUGUGUAGAUGUGCCAUAAAUUUUGAUUGUUCUCUUGUAAACUUUUUUUUAGAAAGUGCCCUUCUCAUUUCUGUAUAGGCAAGACAGUGCUACCUUUAUUGUUUUUAAGAACAUGAAAGCUUGUGAGUUCUUCAUAUGUAACCCAACUCAGUUCUGAAGGAAUGAUAAGAUAAAGGGAUAUUUAACUAUAUGACUAACCAUUAACCCAUCAACUUCAAGCCCAAUGUCCUUCAGGUUUUUUUUUUAAGUUUUUUUUGUUCAAGAGUAAAGUUUUAGAAAAAAGAAUAUUACACAUGUCUAUUCCCUUCAAUGAAAAAAAAAAACUUUUACCUUUAGCUUGCAGGCAACAACAGGUCCUACCCUUGUUGCCAGUAGAGACCAAGAUCAGUUGUCACAUUUUUAUGGCUUCAUCAUGGUCUGCACUAGUUUUAUAUUCAUUAAGUACAUUUUUUUUUUGAAAUUUUCUUUAAUAAAAGGUAAAUAGUUUUGUCCAGAUUUAGGAUGAGACAAGUCCCUUUCAAACAUUUAAUGUGGUUUGGGUAAAAGAGGACAUUCUGUUCAGUUUAAAUAUUGCUUACUAGAGCUGUAUAUCAUUACAGAAGGUUUUACAAUGUAAUAUUUCACAUGAAUGAAAACGUUUUGGAAUACAUAAUAUAAUCUUAAUAUAAGUUAAGUUUAUGCUAUGAUUUAUUUGCUUGUCUAUUCCUGGUAACAUGUUGUAUUAAAAAAAGCAUAUUUUCAUAUGGAAGUGAUUAUAAUGUUAAGACUUCUACAUCCUGAGCGUAUUUCAGUUAGUCUAGUAGAUGGACUUUGUGCAGGGGCUAUCUUUGUAAGUUUAGUAGAUGGACUUUGUGGAGACAUUAUCUUUGUAAGUCUAAUAUACUGAGCUUGAAACAGAGGUGACCUUUGAAAGUUUGGUAGAUGUACUUUGUACUGAUGUGAUAUCUUAUUAGGUCUAGCACUGAUACAAUGUACAGAAGUUCUUUGUAAGUCUUGAUGUACUGUGUACAGAGGUUAUCUUUGUAAGUCUAGAUAUACUAUGUACAAAGGUUAUCUUUGUAAGUCUAGUAUAUGUGCUAUGUACAGAGGCUAUGUACUAUUGACAGAGGUUAUCUUUGUAAGUCUUGAUGUACUAUGUACAGAGGUUAUUUUUGUAAGUCUAGAUGUACAAUGUACAGAGGUUAUCUUUGUAAGUCUAGAUGUACUCUGUACAGAGGCUAUGUACUAUUGACUGAGGUUAUUUGUUAGUCUUGUAGAUACACUAGUCUAGUACAUGUGAUAUGUACAGAGGUUAUGAACUUUGUACAGAGCUUAUCUUUUGUAUGUCUGGUAGCUGUAUAAUAUACAGGGGUUAUCUUUGCUUCUUUUAGAUAUCUACAUCUGGAGGAUAUCAUGAAAUUCUAGUAGUUUAACUUGCUACAGUGGGUAUCUUGUUAAUUUAAGUGCUUCUUAACAUCUACUUUACACAGAAGAGGGUAUCUUGUUAAUUUUUAGUACAUCUGUACAUCUACAUCACUCAAAGGAGAUUAUCUUGUUAAUUUAAGUACAUGGUAACAUCUACAUCACUAAGAGGAAGGUAUCUUGUCAGAGAUUUACAUAUGGAGGGGGUAUUAAAUGAAGUCCAAAAGGUCAGUUUUAAUCGUAGGGUGUCUCGUAAAGUCUAGAAAACAUGUACAUACAGAAGGAUUAACUAUCACUAUUGCUUAAAUAGUUUUGAGUUUAUAGCAGUGUUAAUUUAAAAUCACUAGUAGACAUUUAUGAAAUUGGUGUUGUACAACAUGUGUUUUUAUUAUCCCGGUAAAUUCUCGCCCAAUCAACGACAUUGUUAUAUCAUUAAUGUUGUCUUGUUUACAAAAGUGACAGUAUUAUUGUUUUUAUGAUAGCACUAUUGAGUAGGCUUUUUUGUUAGCAAAUAUGAAUUUUGUAAUUUAGCAAAUAUUAAAUUUUGUGAUGAGAAAAUAUAUGAAUUUUGUAAUGACGCAUUUUUUUAAAAAAUUUUGUUGCCUCUUAGAAUGUGAGACUUCUUGUGUUGGCUUCCAGUUAACACAAGUCUUAUAUUUGAGGUGAUUGUCUAUGAACUUUGUCGUUUUUUUAGCAAAUAAUUGUUUCUUAAUAAUUGUUUCUUGAUUCAGAUUUGUUUUAUGACUAUAUAUGUUGUUAGUGGAUCUGGAGUCAAGAUUUUGUAAACUUGUGCUAAAAAUGAGAGAGAUUUGAACAAUGAAGAAUAUUUUUCUUGUAUACUUCAAUACUAUAUAGAAUUGUUAAUCUGUAUCAAAAUUGCUAAAGGCUUAGAAGAACACUUUUUGCAAUUUCUGUGACCUUUGAACCCAUGGUUUGAUAAAGAUUGUUAUAAAAUCAUGAAAACUUGUUUGUAUAAAUUGAACAGAUUAUACAAGAAGACAUUGUGUACUUCGAUAAAGUUAAUGUAGAAAUGUUUCUGGCAUAGAUUUUUAAAAGUUCCAACAUAAGAUUUGGAGUACUAUGGGAUGUUUUUUAUUCAAGUUUGAUAUUUUCUACAGAGCUGCUAAAGCAACAUUCCAUGUGUAUAAAGCCUGGGUUUGUUCCUGGCUGCUGAAAUAAUAGGGAAGGGGGAGCAGAGCUGGGGGUGGGGGCAAGUGUUUUUCAAUGUAAUUCUUAAGUUUAUAGCACAUACAGAAAGCAAAUUUAACAGAAUUUAUCCCUUUCACUCUUUAUAAUCCCAGGUUUAACUGAAUAUCUUUAAAACUCUUUGUUUUGAUAAUGAACACGUAACUUU